UAUGGAAAUGAAUAAGAAAAGAUAAUGGGUAUUACAUAAAUAAUAGUAGGCAUCUCGUAUUUUAUCUGUAAUUUAAGAGCAUCAUUUACUAUUAUCAACUUUAUUAGUAGCAAAUUCAUUGGCUAAUGAAUCAUUACCAAUUUUUAUAAAAAGAAGUACAGGUGAUUGGAUUGCAUUGUUAAUAUCUGUAAUAUUAGUAGUUUUGUUUGGAGAAAUAUUUCCAUCAGCAAUAAUGACAGGAAAGCAUUAAUUUAGAAUAGCAUCAUUCAUUACACCUUAUAUUUAGUUUCUAAUUUCAAUUUUAUAUCUGAUUUGUUAUCCCUUAAGUUUGAUUCUAGAUAAGGUUCUUGGUACAAAAUGUAAAAGAUAUCAUUUGGAAUAUAUUCGAUAAUUAAUGGAGAUAUGUUAACAAUAAGAUGUGAUAAAACCAGAAGAAUUAAAAAUCAUAGUAUCUGUGAUGGAAUUAAGAAAUAAAUAUGUGAUCAAUUUUAUUAAACCACUUCAUCAUGUAUGCUAUAUUUAACCAGAUGAACCUUAUUGUAAGAGAUUAAUAAGGAGAUUAAAAGUAAAGGAAUAUUCAGUGAUACCUAUAAUUGAGAAUAAUUGUGUGAUUGGAUUGUUCAAAUCUAAAGAUCUUAUAACCUUGGAUGAAUCAAAUUAUGGAUAAUUAAUAGUAGAAUUAGUAAAGGUUUAUUAACCUUUGAUAAUAUCAGGUGACACAACUAUGUUAGAUUUAUUGUUAAUGUUUUAAAAAUACAAGACAAACAUAGCAUUUGUGAUUAGCUAAGAACUCUAAGGAAUAAUAUCUCUCAGGGAUUUAUUUAAUGAAAUUUUAGAUGAUGUCUAUUUAGAUGAAGACAAUCAUGGCACUGUUAGAAUGGAUUAAACAUCAUAAUAAUAAUUAAUUCAAACUAUAUAUUGAUC